AUGGGUACAGGCAAAAAGGAGGCGUCUCGACGAGAGCGCCAGGGUAAGAGUAAUGAUGGGAUGGGCAAUGUUCGAACCAAGGGCGAAAAUUUCUACAGAGAUGCGAAAAAAGUGAAGACCCUUAAUAUGUUUAAGGAUGGAAAGGCCCAAAGGAACGCAUCUGGAAAAAUCACCAAAGCCGCAUCAUACCAGUCUCGAGAUAAGCCAAGUGCCCGGAUAGAACCGAACAGAAAGUGGUUCGGGAAUACUCGAGUCAUUUCUCAAGAAGCUCUGAGCUCCUUCCGAGAGGCUGUUGCUGAAAAGGCAGCUGAUCCCUAUCAAGUAUUGUUAAAAACCAAUAAACUCCCAAUGAGUCUUAUUCAGGACGGCCAUGCACCAAAUGGCCUGAAGCAGCACAAGGCUAAGAUUGCCGUUGAAAAUGCCCCAUUCAGUGACACGUUUGGGCCCAAGGCACAGAGAAAGCGUGUUAAGCUCAGUGUCGAUACUCUUGAGGGCCUCGCCGGGGAGACAGUAAAGAUGCAUGACAGCUAUUUGGAUCGCUUAGAGCAGGCAAAACUGCUCAGCGGUACAUCAGGCGAUGCCAAUGCUGAUACCAACGGUGAUGAUGCAGAACUCACCGCUGCCAGAGAACCGAUCUUCUCAAAGGGACAGAGUAAACGGAUCUGGAAUGAACUGUACAAAGUCAUUGACUCCUCAGACGUUAUUGUCCAUGCUUUGGAUGCCAGAGAUCCCGAAGGCACUCGGUGUAGAAGUGUCGAGAAAUAUAUCCAGGAAGAAGCGCCACACAAACAUUUGAUAUUUGUUCUAAACAAGUGUGACUUGGUGCCAACAGGCGUUGCUGUAAGUUUAUACACCUUCCGCAUUAUCCCUUUAAAAUAUCACCUUCAGCCCCAGAACCGCUCAAAUUAUGCCAUCGCGUUUGUCAAGGCUGCUUCCAGUGCAUAA